AUGAGCGAAAAAAUAACGGAUAGUAUAUAUUUCAACUUUAAUAGUAUAUUUCCCAAAUGUACAGAGGGAUUCAUGUGGAGAUCACAUCUUCAUUUUAGUAAACCUAAUUAUCAUAAUUUCACGCAGUUGUGUAGUAAGUUUCACAAUGAAGUAACAAGUAUAGAAUCUAAUUCUAAUCCAUUUAUUCAAAAUUGCCAAGUUCUUAGUCUGUAUUUAGACCAUAUCAUAAGCAAUAUAAAUACGGAUAAUGAAGAAGCAUGUUGUAAAUACUUCUAUUAUAGACUAAGAAAUGAUAUAAUAAGAAAACCUCAUUGUAAGUGUAAUGGAUCUAAGGAAUGUUAUGAAAAAAUAAUAAAACAAAAGGGAAAUAGUUUCAAUACAACAAUAUCUGAUGUAUGCAUGAAGCAUUUGAUUGAUUUCGACAAUGGCACAUUUAAUAUGAUGGAAAAACUUGAUUAUAUGUAUGAUAAAUUUAACGAAUUUAAUAAAGAACAUAAUCCAACUUAUCAAAGAAUUCAAGAAUUCAUAAGUAUUUUAGAAAACCUAGAUAAUUCCUAUAAUAAAUAUAACGAAAGUUUUCUAUUAGUACUAAAAAAGGCUAAUCAAGCUUAUAUAGAGUUUGUGGGUACCUUGAGUGUUGGUGAUUGGAAUAAAAAAACCAUAUUAGGAUAUCUCAUUGAUAAAGGAAAAGAUAAAGGCAUAUUAAAAGUAGUUCAUGGAAUAGAAGAAAAUGAAGUAGUUACAGCAAGAGCGACACAAGCACAUGCUAAAAAAUAUAAUGAUACAGAUAUUGGUGCAGAUUCUACUACAGGAAUAGUCUUUUUAUACUUUUCCAUAUUUAACAAAUUAGAAUAUUAUUUAAUUCAUUUUUCAUUAUACUCCGAAUUUUUCAUUUUUACAAUCAAGGUUAAGGAAAUUAAGAAGAGUGUUGAAAAAAAAUAA